CAUCUCUCCUUUACCUUUUUCUUCUUGCUCUUGUUUUACUGUUAGUACUAUUUCACUACUUAAAUAAAAUCAUAGUGGCAAAUGGCGAAGUAAUGACUAUUUAAAGGCACGCAAGUUUUCAACAAACCACCAAUCCACACUGCCCCCCCAUCCUCGCCAUUUGCCCGAGCGAUCAUCGUACCGCCGACGAUUCCAAUCUCUCGCUGACACAUGAGGCCAUAUUCAUUCCUCUUCGAUCCUCCAUAGACUGCCCGAACCAACUCCCUUCUUCCUCCACCCCUUCGUGCCUCCCCGUGCUUCUCUGAACACCUUCCUUAUAUUUGCUUCAAAAAGGAACACUAUAUAUUUUAUUACUUUCUCUUUCCCGGCAUGUUCUCUUUCUUCCCUCCAACAAAAUCAGACCCGCCUUUGCACACCUGCACCAGCCCCAGAGACAACCUACAACGAAACCUAGUUGUAUCCCAGCUAAUUAGGGUCCCCCCAGAGAUCCUCAAGUGCAUCGUCCGCCGCCUCAACAAUCCCUUCGACCUCCUCAAUAUCAGACAUACAAGUGCCGUUCUCUUCCACUUAAUCGAUACUAGAGAUUGGUUCGAUAUCUUCGUUUUCUCCUACCCAACCUGGUCCUUUAACAUCACCCUUGAUGACGAGCCAGACCUCGCCGAUCGAGCUAUCUCUUGGAAACGCAUCGUCCUCCGCGAUGCCAGUCUGUGCAAGGGGCUCGCUGCUCCGCUGCCUGCGCCUGCAUUCGAAGAAGAUUCCACCAGAAUGGAUAUCGAAGGCACUAACGUGCCCAACGCUCCAUCCAAUCAGAAGGAUUGCAUGCGCCUCAGAAUCCUCUUGAACGAGGCCCGGUACUUCCCUUCUAAUGAUACCACCCUCCAUGAAGAUUGGCAUCGUACCGGUGCCUCAUCUAACCACAGUGAUAAUGAGAAGUGCGACAUUGACUGGCGCCGCACUGGUUCCCCAGUAUAUCACAUUGAUUACGAAUCCAACACCAUCAUCUCGGCUUCAAUGCUUAUGAGGUCCGUGGCUUCGACCCCGCCUGCGGUCGCAGACCCGCUAUUUGAUCGCCAGAUCCUGCUCUAUAUCCUGCCCGACCUCACUCAUCCGAUUGCCGUCUGCGGCAGCGAGUUCUGGACAGCCGAGCGAGAAGGUGGCCGGCCCUGGCAUCAUCCCUUCGAGGCCGCCCAUAUGCAAGUCGCUCAGGUUAUGGACAUCCGUCAUUACCCCGAUACCAUCGUCAAUGGACACAUGCGCGUUGUGAUGGUCCUUGCCUUUGGGGAGAAUGCCCGACCGGUCGCCGAGGACCAGUCCGACACCCAGAUUCUUGACAUUUGGCUUAUUGUUCGCGUGAUCGAGAUCUUUGUUCGUGUUCCCGCCACUUCUGGCCCCCGUGCCUCUCCAGUGGCGUUACUGACAUCUCAAGGCCCCGACCCAUGGACCGAGCCCUCCAGGCACUCAAGUCCAUCAAGCGAUCUUGUUCCAAUCAAGGGACGAGUCGAAACCAUUGAACCAAGUCAACUUGGGAUGUUUAUGAGAGGAAGGAUCGCCAAACUGUAUACUGCCACAGUCCCGAUGAUGGUACAGGGUCAAGGAAACGGGUCAAGUGGAUCAAAUGGAUCAAACAGAUCAAAUGGAGCAUCAGUCCAGGAAACAUUAGAUUGUAUAACCCUGUUCGGUAUUCAAAACUCAGAUUCAUCACCAGCGGUGGUUAUCAAGAAGGUCCUGUUUCUAGCAGACAGAACCCGGGGCAACUCUUCAUGGUCAAAGAAACAAAUCAGUAGAGGCGUCAGCUGCAUGACUCUGUUUCCUUACCACAGCAACUUUGAGAGAAUGCUUGUGCUCUUUAACAGACACGGUCGAGGUAUGAUAUGGGACUGGGUGAAUGAGCGACAGGUGGCACAAUUACAUCUGAGGGUUGAUGAGCAAGGGAGUGCCCAGGAUACCGCGGAGGCAGCAGCCCUGCGUCGCCGACUCUAUUAUUGGGGCGUUCAAGUAAGCUGGGCCAUUGAGGUGCCAAUCCCUCCGCGGACAGACGCGAAGCAGCGCUGUUCGUUCAGGAUUGUGACCUUGGCGGACGGCGAAGGAAGCGAAUGGGAGUCUUGCUGGUGGCAUGUUGACAGCACAGUGCUGGGAGUGAGUGACAGGGAUCUGGAGGCCCCUCCGUUUAUACCACCCGGUCAGGAGCCGCCCCGUCCUGUGGCCACGAAUGCCAAGCUGCACACAUUGUAUGCACACGCGAAGCGGUACGAAAGCGAGACAAUAGGAUACUGCUUGCCGGAACAGAGGAAGGCGCAUGCGACCGAAGAUGAGAGACCACUGUUUUUCAUCGCAUAUGUAAUCUGGAAUCACUUCCGCAUCGGGCUUACGACGCGCCUUGGGCUCACGAUCUUUGACAUGGAGGACACAGGCGAACGGCCAGCGGAAAUGGUGAAGGACCGGCAGUGGGUUGCGUUCUUGGAAGAUACGGAGACGAAUCCUCUGGUGGACAUCGCGACGGUUGGGGACAACCUGGUGAUUACGAGAAAGCACGGGCAUAUGCUCUGGUCCUUUCAUGGCCGCAGAUCAUAUUCAUAAGUAAAGCAUAAGCAAGGGGAACGGAAGAGUCGUUACGAUUGAAUAUAAAAAAAAAAGUUUGAGACCCACACUCUCAUUCUUAUUUUGUCAACAAGGAUGC